AUGGCGGUGGCGUUCACAGACAGGCGUGUGCUCAUGUGCCCGUCCGUACCUUGUGUGAUGCUUAGAGGAGCACUUGUCGUGCGUGCGGCCUCUGUGCUGACGGUCGAUCCAUCGCGGCUUCGCGCUUGGUCGAGCUUUGGCUCGAGCCUCAAGUGUAAAGAGAAAGGUCUGGCGGGGCUGUGCCCCUUUGUUGGCAAACUGCACAGCAUGGAUGUGGGCAGGGUACAGCCUCUGUCCUCUGUGGCGCGCCCGAAGCGGCCCUACAUUGUAUUUACUGACGACGAAGACCAGGACAGUGAAGCGGCCCCAAGCCAACCGCUCUCCGGCACGCCCCAGAGUGCUGACAAUGGCUCUGGUCAAGCGCGCAGCGACGAUGCUGGCGAUGAGGCCGCAGCUGUGGGCACCACGCAUGACGAUGGCGACGAUCUAGACGACAAUGACGAUGAUGAUGUGGACGACGAAGGUGAUCAGGAUGACGAGGAUGACGCAGACGAGACACAAACCAACGAUGCCAAUGACGACGACGACGAUGACGGCGAUGGCGACGGGAAUUCCGGUGACAAUGACGACGACGACGAGGGAGGAGACAACGACGAAGGCGGUGUGGAGGAGGACGAGGAGAGUGCCAUCGAGCCGCUUGGCGUCACUGAUGACGACUCUCAAAUGGACUCGGACAACAAUGCCGGCCACCAUCUGCUCUUUCACAACAAUCACAGCUCCCGUCGCAUUAUGGGCGACAACUACAGCCCCUUUGCGUCCGACAACGAUGACCAAGAAGAUGCCGUCCAAAUGCUGCCGACUGACCCCACAACGGAGAGUAGCCGCGGUCGUGGAGCUCGUGGCCGGGGGGCGCGCGGUCGUGCUGGACGCAGCCGUGGUGGUCGCGGCCGCGGUGGUCGCUCAGCCAUCGAUCGUCUGAAAGCCCAGCUCGCCACCACGCUUCGCGAUCCGACGGCCGCGGCCGGCGAAGGCCGUCGUCAGCCCCAUCACAAUUCAUCUUGGGAUGCGUCCGCCCGGGUCUCUGGACAAACCCCGGCUAGCGUUGCUUCCCAAGCCGCCUCACACACUCACCCACUCCAGCGCCCGCUUGAUCCGCACGCCGUUCUCCUGCGCGAUGACAAGGAUCCCUAUGCGCCUGUGCGUGCCACCUUGGAGUUUUAUCACCCGGAUGACCGGAGUCCCGCCGCCAAACGCGCCUACAUGGCUUCCCUCCACCUUGUGCCUCGUCGCUUGGCAGAAGGUCCGUCCCAAGACCCUUGGUUUGAUCGCGUGCUUCUAUCUUUUGCUUACAGACACGCCCUCGCUCCACAACGGCCCCUACAGGUAUUUAUCUGCAUCAAGAGAUUAUGCGUGGUGCCGCCAAGACAAAGGCCGUCGCGCUGGUCCAUUGAAACCUGUCGCAGCGAACAACGCGUCAGACACUGUCGAGGACGUACUCAAGGGGGACACGCUGCCUCGUCUCGCGCUCAGCGACACCGGCUGAUGGAAGUUGUUUUGGAUCAGCAUCACCACGGCAAGUCUGACCGAGCCCUCAUUUCCGCACGUGCCGCAUACUCCGGCUCGUCUCACGACGACAUUUAUUCUGCAGAUGAACUGAAGCGCGCCAAUCGCAUGCUCGCGGAAACCGCCCCCAAACGCAAGGAGAUUGAGGAGAAGCGGCAACAACUCGUGGAAAUUACCGCCGAUAUUGAGCAACUUGGUCAGCAGAUCAACCAUUUAUCAGAACAGCGAGCGCUCAAAAUGAACUUGCGCCUAACCAUGCUUAAGCAACUGAGUGAACUAGAACAGCCAGUGCUGGCGUCCGCCCAACCAGCAGCCUCGACCAUCCAGUCCGAGGCGUAG